GGUAGAUACUUGCCCAUCUCUAGCGUUCCCGCUGUAGUUACCCCAUUAUCCGUUCCGUGUUGAUGUUUCGACACUAUAUAAUGCUGAGACUAACAUAUACAAUUCAGAGUACGGAGUAGAUCACUCAGUGAUAGGUCUGUGCAUACUAACUUUUCUAUUUAGCAAUUUAGACUAGCGCGAGACUUUUUUCUUCCGACCACCUAGAAAAAAUGUACUCUAAAGCGUUGCUGGUUUUGGCGUUGAGCUUGUUGGUAGCUCAGUGUGCAGCUGGGCCUGUCGGUUUCAUUUUAACUUACGGUGCCUGUCAGACAGCUUGCAAUGCAGCCUACGUGACCUGUUGUACUGCAGCUGGCACCACAGCAGAUAAUAGAUUAUACAUUAUAGAUGCUCUUCUUCAAACUCCUCCAUCAUGUAGCUGA